GGCUUGCAGAGCAAGCUUUUGCAUUCAAAAAAUACAGAGUGAAAAAAAGAAACAGAAUUGGUGUCUUGGGAAAACAAACAAACAAACACGAUUAUGCAGAGGAUGAAAUCAAAUCUGCUGCUGAAAGAAGAAGCUGGGGCAGUCUGCAUGCAUACAGAGGCACACGGGUGGUGAGCACAUGCAUGUGUGUUUGUGCGACAGCGAGCGUGAACGAGCGAGAGGAAGCCCUGAAACUUAAACUCCUCCCGCAGCUCUGCAUCUGCUCUGAGUCACUGGUAUGACUCACACUGACAGUGUUCACGUUAGCUAGCGUUCAGAUGGAGCAGCUCUGGCAGCAGAAGAAGCAGGUUAUAUUAUUGAUUGCCUGCUGCAGUAGACACUUGCGCCAAGAUCUUUUUUUACAAGCACAGAUGAAACAGAGGAGGCUCUACUGAGCACCGUUAUUAUUAUUAUUGUUUUCUUAAGACUAUUAAAAAACAACUGGAUGCACAUGCCAAAUUUCAUCUGUGAAAGACGGAGUAAGAUGUGGACUUAAGUGAUGAUACACAAAUUCCCUCCACACAUGAGGAAAAGAGCCCUCUUGUGGUAAUGUUAGAGGAAUAGCAAUUGGAGACGGCCUGCUGCACUCUGCUACUCUGUAAGACAAAUAUCAGUAAAGCCAAGUGGCAAGAAGAGAAGGGUUCUUCAUGACAAAAUGACAGCAAGAGAACACAGUCCCCGCCAUGGUGCAAAAUCACGCACUGUGCAACGGGCCUCCACCAUUGAUGUCACCUCUGACAUGCUAGGCCUUUCUCUGGCAGGAAACAUUCAGGAUCCAGAUGAGCCGAUUUUAGAGUUCAGUUUAGCUUGCAGUGAGCUCCUGACUCCGUCGCUAGAUCGAAAACCAAAUAGUUUUGUAGCUGUGAGUGUAACAACACCUCCUCAGGCAUUCUGGACGAAGCAUGCACAGACAGAAAUUAUUGAGGGAACAAGUAAUCCUAUCUUUCUAAGCAGCAUUGCCUUUUUCCAAGACUCUCUUAUCAAUCAGAUGACACAAAUCAAACUCUCCGUGUAUGACGUCAAAGAUAGAUCUCAGGGAACAAUGUAUUUGUUGGGUUCUGGGAUGUUCACUGUAAAAGAACUUCUUCAGGAGAAGAAUCACAGGUUGCACUUAACACUAAGGUCCACCUCCAAAAAAAUCUCAACGCAGAGUGUUUGUUGCAGGUCGGCUGAAAGUGACCGUGUAGGUAACAUUACAGUUAUUGGAUGGCAAAUGGAGGAAAAAACUGACCAAAGGCCUCCAGUGACAAGGUCACCUGAUACAAUUAAUGGAAGGACUGUGUUGCCAGUUGAUGAAAGUUUAACAGAAUCUUUAGGAAUCAGAUCCAAAUAUGCUUCAUUACGGAAAGAUGCACUACUGAAAUCUGUGUUUGGUGGUGCCAUUUGCCGAAUGUAUCGCUUCCCAACCACUGAUGGAAACCAUUUGAGAAUCUUGGAGCAGAUGGCGGAGAGCGUCCUGUCACUACACAUCCCUAGGCAAUUUGUGAAGCUUCUUCUAGAAGAAGAUGCUGCAAGGGUUUGUGAACUGGAAGAACUGGGAGAACUGUCUCCUUGUUGGGAAAGCCUUCGUCGACAAAUAGUCACUCAGUACCAGACAAUUAUUUUAACUUAUCAGGAAAAUCUAACUGAUCUGCACCAGUAUAAAGGUCCUUCAUUUAAAGCCAGUAGCUUGAAAGCUGAUAAAAAAUUGGAAUUUGUUCCUACGAAUUUACACAUACAGAGAAUGAGAGUCCAGGAUGAUGGAGGAUCAGAUCAGAACUACGACAUAGUCACCAUAGGAGCACCAGCAGCUCAUUGUCAAGGCUUUAAAUCAGGUGGCUUGCGGAAAAAGCUGCAUAAAUUUGAAGAGGCAAAGAAACACAGUUAUGAGGAGUGUUGCACUUCAACAAGUUCCCAGUCUAUAAUAUACAUCCCACAGGACAUUGUCAGAGCAAAGGAAAUUAUUGCACAAAUCAACACCCUGAAAACGCAAGUCAGUUACUAUGCAGAAAGGCUCUCAAGAGCUGCCAAGGAUAGAUCAGCUAAUGGCCUUGAAAGAACACUUGCCAUCCUAGCAGACAAGACCCGGCAACUUGUCACAGUCUGUGACUGCAAGUUGUUAGCAAAUUCAAUACAUGGACUGAAUGCUGCAAGGCCAGACUACAUAGCUUCAAAAGCAUCUCCAACCUCUGGAGAAGGGGAGCAAGUGAUGUUGAGGAAUGAUCAAGAUACGCUUGUGGCCAGAUGGACAGGAAGAAAUAGCCGAUCUUCUCUGCAGGUGGAUUGGCAUGAAGAGGAAUGGGAGAAAGUUUGGUUGAAUGUUGACAAAAGUCUGGAGUGUAUUAUACAGAGAGUGGACAAACUUCUCCAGAAGGAGCGCUUGCAGAGUGACAGCUGUGAAGAUGUUUUCCAGUGUGACGUCAGCUCUAGUAGCAAGAAAGGUAAUCGGGACACUCGUGCCUACUGGAUAAAUCCAGAAGAUUUAAAUGAGACCUCAUCAUCCUCACCACCUUCAUCAUCCUCACCACCACCAUCCACACCAUCCUCUGCAUGCCAUUCUCUCAGAAAGACAAAUUGCAGCCCCACUCCGGAAGAAUCUGCCCCAGGUGAAUGGAGCGAAGCUCUUUAUCCCUUGUUGACAACACUCACAGACUGUGUAGCCAUGAUGAGUGACAAGGCAAAGAAAGCCAUGGUCUUUUUAUUAAUGCAGGACAGUGCCCCGACAAUAGGGCUCUGCCUGAGCCUUCAGUAUCGCAGGGAUGUUGUCUUCUGCCAAACUCUGACUGCUCUCAUUUGUGGUUUCAUUAUCAAGCUGAGGAACUGCCUGCAUGAUGAUGGAUUUCUGAGACAGCUCUACACCAUUGGCUUGCUGGCGCAGUUUGAGAGCCUUCUGAGUACUUAUGGUGAGGAGCUGGCAAUGCUGGAGGACAUGAGUCUGGGAAUCAUGGACUUGAGGAAUGUAACCUUUAAAGUAACUCAGGCCACAUCAAAUACAUCUACUGACAUGCUGCCAGUCAUCACUGGAAAUCGUGAUGGAUUUAAUGUGAGGAUCCCCUUGCCAAGCGCCUUGUUUGAUUUGUUGCCGCGAGAGAUUCAAAGUGGCAUGUUAUUGAGGGUUCAGCCUGUUCUUUUCAACGUGGGAAUCAAUGAGCAGCAAACCCUAGCAGAGAAGUUUGGAGACACUUCACUGCAAGAAAUAAUUAACAUGGAAAGCUUAGUGCGGUUGAAUUCGUAUUUUGAGCAGUUCAAGGAAGUUUUGCCUGAUGAUUGUCUACCUCGCUCUCGUAGUCAGACGUGCCUGCCUGAACUGUUAAGAUUUCUGGGACAAAAUGUACAUGCAAGGAAAAAUAAGAAUGUUGAUAUCCUUUGGCAAGCUGCUGAGAUAUGCCGCAGACUAAAUGGUGUUCGAUUUACAAGCUGUAAAAGUGCCAAGGAUAGGACUGCCAUGUCUGUCACCCUGGAGCAGUGUUUGAUCCUACAGCAUGAACAUGGAAUGGCUCCACAGGUCUUCACCCAGGCUCUGGAGUGUAUGAGGAGCAUUGGAACACGGGAGGUAGUCACCCAGAAGAACUUGAGUGGCUUGGUGCCCAUCCGUGAUUUCAGACUAGAUCCCAGCCUCCUCUACUCUAUUCCUUUACUAGCUCUGAGCCCCAAUUUACUAAUUGUGUGGCUGUUUCUGAGCAUAGCUUACCUGGUGGCCAGAUUACGUUGCAAGUGAAGAUAAAGUUUAAAAACAAAAGCAAAAAAAAGCUUGAAUGUGUAUUGCCACUUGGUACCUGCUGGACAAAGGAAUGUGUCAUAGCAUUGUCUGCCAGGAAUUAUUAUUAUGCCUUACAAUUUUACGUUUCUAUUGUACUAAACUGUAAAUACACAUCAAAUUAUUUUAUCAAAAAGAAUUGUAUUGAAACUUUAAAUUCUUGUUCUGCUUUCAGUGCUUGUAACAUAGUCUGACAUUGGCCUGUUACCUCGUUACUUUAGCUGGCCUGAAGAUCUCUUACCAAAUAUAGUUUUGUGUUACUUGUUUCAUGUAUUCCAGAGAAAGGAACUCUGUCUGAAAAGAAUUUGUAUCUUUUGUAUAUUUAAGGUGUAUGCUAAUCUUGCCUUUCAUUUUUACGAGGUAUGAAGAGAAAAAUAAAAACAUGGGUGGGGUUUAUAAGAAAUUAUAAGAAAUUUAUUUAAAGAAAUAAACAAAUUUCUACCUUCAUUUCAAAUGAUAAUAUCCAAAUUACAUUGCUGAACAAUUUGUAGAGCCAUAGUCUUGUUCCUUUCUCAUGGUUAAAUAUGUUCUAACAGACCAGUGUACCCACUUAGAAAAUGACUUGCAGUGCGCUGCAUGUAGAAUUUGUUCAUUCUAUUUGUAGAUCUGCAUUUUGUAAUGUAUUGAAGACAUGAAGUGAAUGACUUGUGGUUAGAAAGAGGAUGUAAUUUGCAUUGGCCUGCUAAUGGUCCAUUAUCUGUUUCAGGUGCUCUGUUAUAGAACUUAUUCUGAAACAGGGUCAUUCUCAUCCUAGAAGUUAAAGAUACCAGUCUUUAAUAUUUCAGGCAAGAAGAGGGGAGGUAUCAGUUAGCUCCUUUAGUAGGUGGGUUCAGGGUUUUCCACUGCGCUUUGUUUUAAUUGCACUAGACUAAAUAUUAUUCUUAUUUCCAUUUUUAAGUGUUGGACAGCUUUAAUAAAUUAUGAUGUUGAUAGUGGCUUAGAGAUAAAUGAGUGAUGGUAAGUUAGCAUUUAUUUAAGUGGUGAGACUAAAGCGGCUUACCUAGUUUAGUCACACAGAAUAACUGCAGAUGAAAUUUGGUCCUUGUUGAUGUAACAUCAACCUGGAAGAGGCCUACGAAACUGAAAGAUUUUGUUGCUGCAGUUGUGUGGCAGAGCUUGUCAAUAGCAAUAGCUGAUUAAAAAUCUAACCUCAUUUAAUGUACUUUGCUAAAUUCAUGAAGGAAUUCACUUCGCUUGGUGCCUGAGAUGACAGAAAAUUGGGCUUUUGAGGAGAAUUCUCCUAGUACUGUGAUUUCUAUUUUCUACUAUUAUUAACUUGCUUAAAAACUAUAGGUAGCUAUAGCUUUUAUUAUCAGUCUUAAUGGAAUUUGAAAUUACCUGCUGAGAGAGGUAUGCUUAAGAAAAGAAAAAAGCACAGUUAGAGUAAAAAAUAGAGCAAAAUCCUAAAUUUGGUGAAUAUUCUAACUAAAACCAAAAAAGUAUGUGGUUAUAUUUGUAUCUUCAUGAAAUCAGACUGUACAGUACACUGUCUCCUGGUAGUUUUCCUCACUAUUCCCAUUUUCUUUUAAAAGGAAAACAAAAACAAAACAACCAAAAAACAAACCCCAAACCAAACAGAAAGCCAUACAUAUCUAUCUAUAUUUACAUAUAGAUAUUUAAGCAUCCUAUUUAUUUUUAGUUGCAGUGGAUUUAGGUAAAUCCUUACUGCUGAUGAGAUUUAAAAUUGUGGUAUGAUGGUACUGGACACAUCCACACCCUGUGCUGGUUAUCUGGUACCACUGUGUCUCUGUACGUAUAAUUUCUUCUUCCUGGUUCAUUUGCUAUGGGUACCAAAAUCUGCCUUUUCACAAAGUGAACAAAAUGUCAGGUUGGACUGUGGUUUUGCUCUUGCAAUGUGAUGAGUGUCAUGAGCUCAGUCUAACAACAUGUGAAAGCAAUUUUAGUAGUAGGUGUUAUCUCCACUGAACUCCCUAAGAUUAUUAAUCUGUUUAAAUAAAGCUUAAAGGCUUUGCUCAUGACUAUCACUAGGGUAAGAUCACCCUUAAAUUUAUCUAGAAUAAAACCCCAGGCUUUCUGAAAACAGUAUUUAUUUUCUCAUUUUCUUAAGCUUUAGUGGGAACAAGUUUUCAUCUUUUUUAUUUUUAGCUUGGUCUGUGCUGUCAUUCAGGCAUUCAGAUUUAAAAUGCUGUAGUGCACACUGCUUAUGUGCCUCCAGAAGAAACACAGCACAUGAGAUGGUGUGUGAAAUACGUCUGUCACCAUCUCUGUGGCCUCCUUGUGUCAUGGAGGGGAAUGUGCAAUAACCAGAUGCAGUGGGAUGAAUUAUGAACAGAAUUUUUUAUUCACUUUGGAGUGAAAAUGCUCAUCUGGUAUCCGAUAUUUGCUAGUUAACCAUUGUUUUUAUUAGUACUCGGAAGUAUAAUUUGUGCCUAUUUUUGAUUAAUCUAUUUGACUGCAAGAGCCUCUGGAGGAGGGGUUCCUGUAAAACACAAAGCAGUGCCAUGAAAAUAGUGUCAUCAUGUACAACCCAUUCCAUAAAAGGCAGGCACAGAAUGUGCUCUGGAGACAAAUAUCAAACUCACUUAAACUUUGUCUUAAAGCAAAAAGUUACUGUAUUUGACAACGUCGAUCUAGGAGGUACAUACAGAACACAGUUCUGGUCAGCUUAACUAGCCCAAAUUAGAAGAACAGUGAGGUCAGUUUGAGUGAGAGAGCUUUCGAACUGAAUGGGAAUCCAAACCCUCCUUUUCAAUCAGAUGACCACGGUUUCUGUGGUAGAUGCUGCAGCAUCUCCAGGACAGGAAUAAAGUGGUAUUUCCACCAUAAGAUGCUGUACUGUACAUUUUGUCAUGAAGUUCUAGUAUUUGUUGUUUAGGUUUCAGUCCUCUAUCAGGGAAAGACAUUCUCCUGCAAGCCUAACUCGAUCUAUAAUAUAUAUGUAAACAAUAGUGCUUCCUCCUUGUACGUCUGUUUCUGGAUGUAAUCAAAGGAACUGUGAAGUAGAUUUAUGAGUGUAAAGAAGCCUUAUAACUGGAGUAGUUUUUUAUUGUAGCACAGAACCUCUUUGUAAUGUGGGGCAGUUGCACCAAAGCAUUGAGUGAAAAUGAAAUUCUCCACAGCUUUGUUUCAUUGGAGUGAUGACUGUCAGUGCAGCCAAUCUUUUUUGCACCCACACAAAGUUGGUGUUUCGUGAUUAAGAUUUUUUUAGACUAUGUUGGUUUUCAAGUCAAUUUAUGCAUGCAGAGAUUACUGGAAAGUCAUUAUUUUUGUAUCAGCUCUAAUCUUUAAGUAAGUACUGAUAAUGCAGGGAACAAUAAAAUUACUUCCAAGCUCUUACUGAGAAAUCAGCAGUUUUUCUUUUUCAGCUUAAUGUAUUAAUAAAUUAGCAGAACUGCUUUUAAGCAAUCUCUUGAGAUCCCUUGUGCAAAGAAGCAGCAUGUGAGCUCCUGAAAUACAUGAAACCAUCGAUGAAAGAACUUUUUUCAGUAGAUGUGCUGCUGCUUUUUAGAAAUGCAAAACUAGCAAUCUGACAUAGCAUGUGUCCAUCCUGUGUGCUUCUGACUGGCAUUGUAUGAUGAGUCCUCAUUUUUAAUAUUUGCAAUGGCAAAUCAAUUAAGCGCUCAUUAAAUAUAACCAACUUUUUUUUUCAAUGCUAUAAAAUAACCAGUUCAUUUCAUCUUAGUUUAAGUCUUUUUUUAUUUUUCUUUUUUUCCUUUUUACUGCUGUCAUUUUUUGUGCUUGUUUUUUUUCCCCAGUGAGGGUUGUCGCCGAGAAAAUACAAUGAAGAAUGUUGGAUGUCGCAAGUAUGCAUUUAAUUCCCUGCAACUGAAGGCUUUCCCAAAGUAUUACAGGCCUCCAGAAGGAACUUAUGGAAAAGUUGAAACAUAAGCAUACUAUGUCCUUAAAUUGCUGUUCCAUUAAAACGUGUGGAUACACUCUA